AUGCAAUUCUCACUCUCGUCCAACGGCCUCGGUUCAAUCCUUCUGCUCGCGUCCAUCUUUUCAUCCUCAGUCUCCGCUUCUCCUAUUGAGGCUCGACAGGCUGUCACUAGCUGUACCGAAUACUCCAUGAUCGCCAACUACUCUACAAUCGGAACCAACUCCUCCUAUCGAUCUGCAUUUAUGCAAGCUUCUCCUCAAGGCGCUGAUCCAACGACGGCGAUUCUCGAUGGCGCAACCAAGAAACUCCCUACCGUCAAAUUCGACAAAUCUCUGAAUGACAACUGUGGUAACCUCACUACCUUGGCCGUCCAGCAAGCGGAGGUGAACUUUACAAUGGGCAUCGUUGGAGGCUUUACCAUCAAAUCAGCAAAGAAAGGUGCGGCAGCAAGAAUGGGUAGUGAGGUUGGGACAAUCGCGAUGGUGGCCGUGAUGGUUGGAGCUGGGCUGUUAUUGUAG